AGAAAUGCUGAGAUUGAAUGCACUUUUUUCUUACAAUGUCUUUUAAAAAUAUGAUGAGUGGUGAUGAUUCUUGUGGUGGUUCUAACCCUAUGGCACAAAUGAUGAAACAAUUUGGACAAGACAGGUCUUUACAAAGAGUAAGUGCGCUUUCAUAUAAGCAUGAAAAAAAAGAGACUUAGCUUUUAUGUAUAGGAUCAAUUCGCUGGACCUUCUCA